AAUGUCGGAAACAACAACAACAACAAUAACACCGACAACAACAACAACAACAACAACAUCAUCAUCAUCAUCAAUUUCAUCAUCAACAACAACAAAUGAAUCAGAUACGGUUGCUGAUUGUAUUAAACGUGGCUAUUUUAACCGUCAUCGGUUUUUUCAUCAUCAUCAUCAUCAUGAUCGUAAUCUGAAUAAAUAUUCAGCGGUUGUUGAUAAUGAUCCCGAUGAUCCGGAUGAUGAUGGCAGUGGUACAUUAUUAUUAUCCAAAAGCAUUGAUAAUCUACAAUUGAUCGAUGGUGGUGGUAGUUUGGAUGAUAAUUUUCACGGUGUCGAUGGCGGUGAUAAUCGACGAUUAAUUCUUUCAUCAAUGAACAAAAAUCAUCACCAUGUUCAUGCGCAUCCGCGAAACUUCCUCAACAAUGAUCUGCAUCCGCAUCGUGGUACAGAUGUUUUAACAUCGAAAAAUCAUGACCAUCAUCUUGAUGAUGAUGAAUUUAUGGCAAGUUUUAAUCGUCUUAAAGAUUGUACACGAUAUAAUUCAUCAAUAUUACCUGAGGUGGAUGAUGAUGAACGAUUUAUCGAUAUGGAUGCUGAUUAUAGGAAAAAAUUUCAGCUUAUUCGCCAGGAUUAUUUCAAUUGUUUGAAUGAAUUAAGUGAUGAAAAUGAAAAUAUUCUUUCAGAAUUAGAUUGUACACGUAAAGAACGUAAUUAUUUACGUGAACGUAUAGAAUUAUUACGUGAAGAAUAUGGAGAGAAUUUAAGAAAAAAUCGUGAACAAUGGUUCAAUGAAAGACAAAAAUAUGAACAAAAAAUUCUGAUGCUUGAAACAUAUUUAGAAAAAAUUCAACAACAACAGCAACAAAUUAAUGAUAAUAAUAACCCUCCGUUACCAACAUUAUCAGCACAUGAUUAUCAUCGCAAUGAAAAUUUCAAACUUUAUCAAUUGGCAAAUAAAAUUUCUGAAUUGGCAUUAUUUUUAUCGGAAAUUCUAUCGAAUUUACGUCAAAGUGAAAUUGAUCUGAUGAUUGCUAAUUAUCGUGCUGCUGGAGCUGGCGCAGGUACAGGUGUUAACGAUAACAAUAACCAGGAUAUAAUCCAGAAUUAUGAACGUUCAAUGAUAAAACGUUCAAUAAUUGAACGUGAAUCAAUUGAUUUCCUAAGAAAUAUUGAUAAACAAAUUCUUGUUCAAUAUCUUUCGCCAAUUGAAUUGGAAAAGUUAUUCAAUAACAGCCAAAAUCAAAACAACCGAAGUAACAGCAUUGAUCAAAAUCACAAUAACAAUUAUCAAUCAACAACAACAACAACAAUAGAAUUUCAAGAAUUUCAAAAUAUUCUUUUAAAUUUAUUGGAAAAAUUAAAGGAUGAUUUGAAUAAUGUUAAUAAAACAUUGGAUCAUUAUCAUAAUCAUCAAGAACAGGAUCAACUACAGAAUCCUGAUCAACAGCAGGAUUUGCUGCUGCUGCAAAAUUCACAAAUUGCUUUUCCAAGAAAUAACUUUGAACAAAAUAUCGUUGGUGUUGGCAAUGAUAAUCCGACAAUUGCCUAUGAUUAUUUCCCGCAAUAAUCAUCAUCAGCGUCCAAAUAGCCAAAUCUUUCAAUCACUAUGUUUUCCCGCAUCAUUUAACACGUGUGCUGCUUGUUUGUUUAUGUUUUCAAAAAAAAAAAAUCAGAUUUUUUUCCAGUUUUACAAAUUAGAAUUUAUUAGUUAAGGGUUAAAAAAAUGAUCUAAAAUGAUGAUGAUGAUGAUGAUGAUGAUGAUGAUGAUGAUGGUGGUGGUGAUAAUGACGUUUUUGUUUUGUUUUUUGUUUUAAAAAGGGAUCAAUAAAGAAAUCUAAGCUGAUUAAUCCAUUCCAUAAAAUGUGUAAUACGUGUAUA